CUCGCGAGCCUCCCGGGGGUACGAGCAAUCCCUGCCAACUGCCCUAGUAGCCGCGAGCCUCUGUGCCCUGGCCCGCCGGCGCCCCCGGCCGCCACUCUUCCGGCGUGUCCCAGCGGCUGCCCUGAUGGACCGGCUCUCUUUGGGAUCGGACUUUCUGUGUCUGUCCCUCCGUUUCUGCUGGGCUCCAUGCCUGUGCUCUUUGAUUAUGCCUCUCAGCUCGUCCCCUGCUGUCCCCACGCCCGCAGGCUGAGGCUGGGGUAGAGAGUCUCGAGCGGCCCAGUUUGGGGUGGGGCUGCAGGUCCAGGUCCCGCCAUUCCCGCGACGGCUCCUCUGGGAGCCGCUCAGAAGGGCCUCCUCUCCCGCGGAAUGCCUGUGGACCCGGGCCGGGUCAGACCGCGGAUGCCGAGGCCGGGGCCGUCUCGCCGGGCGUCCUCGCGGGCUCGCCAGGGCCUGACCUGCUGGUUGCUCAGGAUUCAACAGACAUUUAAGUUUGGAUAGCCACUCAAGAAAACACCAUGAAAGAUACUGAUAUCAAGAGACUACUGUAUACCCAUUCUUUAUGCAUAUUUUCAAUUAUCCUAAGCAUCUUCAUUCCAUCAUUCUUCUUGGAGAACUUCUCAAUAUUGGAAACACACUUGACAUGGUUGUGCAUCUGUUCUGUUUUUGUAACUGCCGUCAAUCUAGUAUUAUAUUUAGUAGUGAAACCAAAUGCGUCCUCUAAAAGAAGUUCAUUGUCAUUCAAGGUAACCAGAUUUGUGAAAUGCUGUGUCUAUUUUCUUAUGUCUUGUUUCACCUUUCAUGUAAUUUUUGUUCUAUAUGGAGCACCACUAAUAGAGUUGGUGUUGGAAACAUUUUUAUUUGCAGUUACUUUGUCUACUUUUACUACUGUACCUUGUUUGUGUUUGUUGGGACCAAACAUCAAAGCGUGGCUAAGAGUUUUCAGUAGAAAUGGAGUUACGUCUGUUUGGGAGAACAGCCUCCAGAUCACUACAAUUUCUAGUUUCGUAGGAGCAUGGCUUGGAGCCUUUCCUAUUCCACUCGAUUGGGAAAGACCGUGGCAGGUCUGGCCCAUCUCCUGUACUCUUGGAGCGACCUUUGGCUAUGUGGCUGGCCUUUUUAUCUCACCACUCUGGAUAUACUGGAAUAGAAAGCAACUUACAUACAAGAACAAUUAAUUGGAGCAAAGGGAGAAGAUACUUCUUUGUGCAGAUUCCAUAAAGACUGUGCAGAAAUGUAUACGGUCUAAGCCAGGCAGUUCCAUUUACAGCACUGUUUUUUAUGUAGUUACAACAUGAUGUGAUUGUAGCUUUUUAAACUAUGAAACCCCUGAGAGAUUGUACCUUCUAGUUGAAAUAAAGUAUUUAUAUUAGAUUGUG